CCAUGCCAAUCGCCCUCCUAAGUCUCCAAGUAUUUUAUGCCACCGGACAUCAAGCCACUCUUAGCUCCCUCCAGUGGAAGUCAGCAUUCAUUUUUACAGCCGAUCGAGGAAUGACAUCGCCAAUAACUGUCGUUCUAAAUACGAUUGGCCCUGUCGCCUUUUUCGGCCUGUGCACUCCUCUCAUUGGCAUGUGGGCCGUAGAGCCAUUUGCCCAAUUGGAAAGCAUCGCAACUCGAAAGAGUCGUAUAAUACGAGGCACCCUACGAGCAACUUUGUCGAUGGGAGCCUAUCAUGCCACCAUUUUACUGUUUAUUUCAACAUGCUCAAUGAUUCUCAGACGACACUUGAUGGUCUGGAAAGUAUUUGCACCAAGAUACAUGCUAGGGGCUCUCAGUAUGGUCGCCGUCGAUGUGGCGGGAAUACUCGCAAUGUGGGGAGGCGUAGGUACAGUUGCUGAAAGAGUCGAUUCUACGUACAAGGGAGUGGCAUAA